GCCUACGUCGAAAUGAAACUUAAUCUAAUUUUUGUUUAGACUGUACUCUAGCUGUAGAAGGAUACGGAGGGUUGUUGCAAGUUAAAGGCAAGUAGUGUUUAUUUCUCCACAAAGUCAUGAAAACUGAGCUUUUAUAGUAGUUGAUCUCUGGAAUAUUGUUACUGUCUUCUCGGGAACAGAAAUGGUAUACAUGCAGUUUGUAACACAGAUCUCGUCGAUAGCUCAUCCUCCAAUCUACCAACUCGACUGUGAACAAUGAAUACCACGCCAUGGUUAAACGCGAGCAAUUAUGUUGAGGAUGCCAAUUUGGCGACGUCGCCGAUGUCAGCCGACGAUGACGAUGGCGGUGGAGAUCAAUCACGAUGUCAAAAGCCUUUGUUUAUCACUAAAAACAUCACGUUAGCCAUAGCGACGUCGUUGAUGGUCGCCACAUUGAUCUUGAUUCCGUGUCAUCGUCGACUUCGAAGACAGCACCAUAUCUUCCCGUACAACCUCGUGCUCGCUGACUUCAGUGGUGCGGUGGCCAUCAUUAUGUUUGCUUUAGCUGGUUAUUUCGAAAUUCCGGGGGAGGCGGAAAAGUUCCUGGUCAUCUUGUUGGCAACAUCCACCAUGGUAUCACUUCUUAGCGUUGUCUUGGUAACCGGAUAUCAAUUUAUAACAAUCCGUGUCGACCCUUUCGGUUCUAGGAACAUCAUUACAACACGGAGGCUAAUCUUAACAUGCCUAGUAACAUGGGCCAUAGGAUUCAUCUGUUCUUCACCCAUAGCCGUCAUCAACGAUGCGAACCUUUUCAUAGCCCUUCUCUCCAUCUCGUAUUCAACCACAGUCGCUACCGGCCUCGCUUACCUCUUCAUCUACCGGUCGGUAGCCAAGGUACCUUGCGGUGGCAGCAUUACCCAGGAACGUAAGGACCAGAACCAACGAGUCCUCCGAACCUUCGGGAUGGUCUUCGGGACCACUGUGCUGUGCUGGAUCUGUCCCUGGGUAACUUGGACCAGGCAGAUUCUCGGCUAUGAAGAACACUGCCUUAUCACAAUAUCAGAUAUCAUGAUAAACGCCAAUUGGAUUGCAAAUGGUGUCAUCUACUGGUGGAGACUCAAAGAUUUUCGUCUCAUUUUCGGGUUCUGUCGGAAACAGAGAGGCAGCAUUGAUCCUGAACUAUCGUUGGUAACUGAAGUGAAAUGAACACCACGAACACAGGUCAAACUUAAAAACGUAUACUUAUCAACUUGUUAUUAUGAUCAAGUUUGACGAUGAAGAACUGAAGCCCCCAUCAGAGACCAUGAAUUCGUGACAUCUUUGGUCCUUAAAAAAAAGGGGGGCAGACGAACCUCUCCCAUAGCUAGGCUGUUGUACACAACAUUGCAAAUCGAAGGAUAUAGGAUCCUCGUCAAUGCUUAACUGAUUAGUCCAGUAGACGGUCUCAUAGGCCAUGUACAAGACCUGGAAAAGUUGUUAAGUACAAGGUUUUUUUGUUGAUUCGUGU